AUGCGGUUCGGGGAACACCUCCGAUCGUCAAUGAUCAAGGAGUACUACUGGUACUACAUCGCCUAUGAGGAGUUGAAGAAAGCCUUGAAGACCACAUACGUCACGGAGCCCAAUGCGGAAAAUGCCAGCCCCGAUCGUCAACCCUGGUCGGAAGACGACGAGAAGCAGUUUGUGACGCUGCUGGAAAGCGAACUUGACAAGGUCUUCAACUUCCAGCGCAUCAAGAGCGCCGAAAUCGCUCGUCGCAUUCAAGCGAGCGAGCUGGAAGUCAAUGAUGUCGUCUCGCGGCUUGAGAGUGCUACCAGUGCCCGCUCAGACAGUGUCUCUCACGCCCGAAUCAACCGGACUCCGCCCUCGGACGAGGAUUUCUUGGUGCUCGAGCAGGCCUUGAGCGAUAUCAUCGCCGAUGUACAUGAUCUCGCCAAAUUUACUCAAUUGAACUAUACCGGGUUCCAAAAGAUCAUCAAGAAGCAUGAUAAACAAACUGGGUGGCAUUUGAAGCCGGUCUUCGCUGCGCGCCUCAAUGCCAAGCCAUUCUUCAAUGAUAAUUAUGAUGCGCUCGUCGUCAAAUUGUCCAAGCUCUAUGAUCUGGUGCGCACCAAGGGUAACCCCGUAAAGGGCGAUUCCUCCGCCGGCGGUAGCCAGCAGAACUUCGUCCGCCAAACCACCAAGUAUUGGGUACAUCCUGACAACAUCACGGAACUGAAAUUGAUCAUUCUCAAGCACCUUCCCGUCUUGGUUUUCAACCCCAGCAAAGAAUUCGAAGAAAAGGAUGCUGCCAUUUCCUCCAUUUACUAUGACAACACGGAUACCUGGGAGCUAUACCAAGGUCGACUGAAAAAGACGGAGGGCGCGGAGGCUAUCCGACUGCGUUGGUAUGGUGGCAUGGAGAGCGAUCAGAUCUUCGUGGAGCGCAAGACCCACCGCGAGGACUGGACGGGAGAGAAGUCCGUCAAGGCGCGUUUCUCACUCAAAGAGAAGCAUGUUAACGACUAUCUCGCUGGCCGCUUGACGGUGGAGUCUAUUUUUGAGAAGAUGCGCAGGGAAGGCAAGAAGAGUGAGGAGGAAAUUGCCAACCUUGAGCAAUUGGCAAGAGAAAUCCAGUAUCGAGUCAUUACGCGACGACUAGUACCAGUCACUCGAUCAUUCUAUCACCGCACCGCUUUCCAGCUUCCCGGAGAUGCUCGCGUGCGCAUUUCUCUCGAUACCGAGUUGACAAUGGUUCGAGAGGACAAUCUCGACGGUCGCCGCAGAGCUGGUGACAACUGGCGCCGCAUGGACAUCGGUGUAGACUACCCGUUUUCCCAGUUGCCUCCGGAGGACGUGGAACGGUUUCCCUAUGCGGUUCUGGAAGUCAAGCUGCAAACACAGGCCGGUCAGGAGCCGCCUCAAUGGAUCCGGGAGCUGACAGCUAGCCAUCUAGUUGAGGCCGUUCCCAAAUACAGCAAAUUCAUUCAUGGCACGGCCACGUUGUUCCCAGACCGCAUCAACCUCCUUCCUUUCUGGAUGCCGCAAAUGGACGUCGAUAUUCGCAAGCCGGCUACCCGCCAGUUCGGUAUCACGCGUCCGCUGGCCAGCACAUCAUUAUCCGCAACCGAAACACCGGAAGACGAGGUUUCGGAAGACGAGGAGGACACAGCUCAGUGGCCCAAUGGUGUGCAUAUUGCCGGGGCUACUGAUGCCGACCAUCAUGGACUCUUUGCACAGACCGAUGGCAAUGCCUUAGACAUCGAGGAACGCAUCGCCGCUCAACCUCUCCCCGGCGAUGAGGAUUAUCCAUUGUACGACUCGGACCAAGAAUCUUCGAUCGACUCGGAUGAAUUGGAAGAAGCUCGUCGGGUAGGAGGCACAUACUACUACAAGCAGCUAGCCAAAUAUUACGCCGACCACGCGGGCUCUAUCUUGAUCCAUGUCCUCAAGUCCCUAAUCCCCCGGCCCACACCCACCAGUCUCCCAGCGCCCGAGCAAACUGGAAUCGCCGUCAUCGGCAACAAGCGUACCGUCAAGCGCUUCCACGCCCCGAAGGGCAAACGCAUCCAUGUUCCCGUCCGCGUCGAACCAAAGGUCUACUUCGCCGCGGAGCGCACCUUCCUCUCCUGGCUCGAAUUCUCCAUCCUCCUCGGCACCAUCGCCGCCACCCUCCUCAACUUCGGCGACGACUCUAUCACCUUCGCCUCCUCGUGGGCCUUCACCAUCCUCGCAUCCGUAUCCCUUAUUUAUAGUCUGAUGUUGUACAUCUGGCGCGUCGACAAGAUCCGCAAGCGCCGCGACGUCAAGCGUGUCUACUACGAAAAAUGGGGCCCCACCGUCGUCGGCCUGGGGCUGGUGACGAUUGUCAUGGUCAAUUUCGGUCUGCGCAUCCGCCAGCAAGGGUUCUUGGCUCGGGAUGGCGGCGGCGGCGGAGGUGUUGACCUCGAUAUUCCCCCCCCACAUAACGGGGAGUUGUGA